AUGGCUAAUGCAAUUGAAGAAGUCUUCCCCACAACAAAACAUAGGUGGUGUUUGUGGCACAUAAUGAAAAAGAUACCGAAAAAAUUGCAAGGCUAUAAAAAUCAUCUUGCUAUCCAGAACGAUGUGAAAAUGCUUGUAUAUGAUUGUUGUUCCAGAGUUGACUUUGAAAUAGGUUGGAAAGAAGUACUCAGGAAACACAAGUUAGAAAAUAAUGAAUGGUUAGGAAAUUUGUACGAUGAGAGACACAUAUGGGUGCCUUGCUACUUGAAAAAUCAUUUUUUGGCUGGUAUGUCCACAACUCAAAGAAGUGAGGGAAUGAAUGCUUUUUUUGAUGGAUACAUCAAUUCAAGUACGACACUUCAACAAUUUGUGGUUCAGUAUGAUAAUGCUCUUAAAUUCAAAGCCCAAAAAGAAAUAGAAGUCGACUUCUCUUCCCUCAAUACAACGGUUGCUUGUGGGUCUCAAUCACCUAUUGAAAGACAAUUUCAAGUUGAUUACACACAUGCAAAAUUUGAGGAAGUACAGAAUGAGUUUCAGUCCAGGAUGAAUUGUUUCAUCAAAGACACGGUCAAGGACUGUAUUUCUAACAAGUACACGAUUAAAGAAGAGUGCAUGUGGGAUGGAAAAUGUUCCGCCAAAUAUUACCAUGUUCAAUUUGAUCCUCUUACAAAGGAAACAAGCUGCUCUUGUCUACUAUUUGAGUUUAGAGGUAUUAUUUUUAGGCAUUGCCUACUGGUUCUCAGUCAGGAAGAUGUGCAAAAUGUCCCCUCCAAAUACGUGCUCCGUCGUUGGAGUAAAAAUAUCAUAAGAAAGCACACACUGAUUAGGGCAGGUUACAGUUCUUUGCAUCAGGAACCCAAGAUGCAAAGAUACCAAUCGUUGUUUAAGCGGUUCUAUGACAUAGCUGAGGCUGCAUUAAGUGAGGAAGGACAACUCAGGUAUGAAAGUCCAGUUACCGAUAGUCCAUCGUACACCGCAUGUGGAAGUAGUGAAGUACUUGUUCGCAGUCCCGUGGCGGUGAAGCGUAAAGGCCGACCAAGAACUAACAAAUUGAAGUCAAGUGUUGAAACACUAAGCAGAAAAAGGAAAACCACUUCAAGGAAACAUGCUUCAACAAGAACGCUUCAACAAAAUGAAACAACUACCUCUACUCUUACACAAUCUGAAGAGGUCCUUCGUUAUUCAAACGAAACGCAACAAGUUUCACAACUAUCUGAAAUGCCUCCACUUGGCUUUAUGUCAUUGUUAUCUGNNGUUCAUAAUAAUUUUGAUAACUCACUUUGA